CGGUAAGAUUUUGUUGCUUUCCUCAGGUAAUGCUGUGUGAAACAUGUGACAUGAUCAUCCAAAUGGAAAGUAGGAGGGACAAUUGAAUGAUUGAUCCAAUCCCCUAAUUUAGAUCUGUUUAAAACUGACAGUCUGAAAGUGUUCGAAGUUUCAAAGAAAUUUCAUUUAAUUUGACUCAAAAAUGUUCUAACACUGAAUGAUUGAACUAUCAUAAUUUAUAACCAAAACAUGACCUGAAUUCAAACUACCUAGGGAGAAGCAAUAAUUUGAGUUUGUGAGAGAUUCACUGAAAACUUCUAGUAAUUGCAUAUCAGAACAAACCAAAUUCCCAGCUGCUUCUUUUUGAACUUCCAAUCAUUCACCAUACAACAAUACACUGACACACAAGCAAGCAUACAAUAAGAAAAUGUUUCAUGUGGUCCUCAACCUUUUCUUCACCUUUUCCUUUCACCUCUUCUUCAUUUCUUCAAAGUCCCACAAACAUUGCUUUCAACAUUUCAUCACCACUCCAUUAUUUAUAGCUCCUUCGCCUGCAAUGGAAGCUACAGGCUUCAGAAGAAAGAGUGCUUUGAAAGCAAACAUGAGUAAGGAUUUCAUAGCUGAAGAUCUUGACAAUGACAUGGAAGAAGAAGAAGAAGAAGAGGGUGUUGGAGAUCAAGGUUUUCCCGAUGAUGAAAAGAGGAAGAAAGCAUAUGGAAAGAGAGGGUCUAGUAGUGGUGUUGGUGGUGGUGGGGUGUCACCUCCUUCUUGUCAAGUGGAAAAAUGUGGGCUUGAUUUAUCAGAUGCCAAGCGAUACCACAGGCGCCAUAAGGUGUGUGAGAUUCAUUCUAAGGCGCAGGUUGUGGUCGUUGCUGGUAUGAGGCAGCGCUUCUGUCAGCAAUGCAGCAGGUUCCAUGAGCUAUCAGAGUUUGAUGAGGCAAAAAGGAGCUGUCGUAGGCGUUUGGCCGGACACAAUGAAAGGCGUAGGAAGAGCUCAGCUGAAUCAUCUGCAGAAGGCUCAAGUCGCAAAGGUACGAGUCCUCAGUUGAAAGAGAGUCAUUUCAAGCAGGCUGAUGAUCAAAGAGCCAGAGUUCCAAUAGCAAUCCCAGGCAAUUCAUCUUUUAAGCGUUCCCAAAUCAGAUAAGGAGCUACCCGCAUGCUCCCUCUCUUCUGUCAUCCAAUGGUUCUUGUCUUUGCACUAUGUAGCAGUUACUAUACUAUGAUCGAAACUGAAGUCGAUUAUCAAGGCUUCCGAAGCUUGUGUCCUUGCGUCUUGCCUUGCCGCGUAAUCUAUGUUUUCUAUACUAAUAGCCCUUCGUCUAUGGAGUCUUCUAUUAUAUCAACGGUUAUAUAUAUUACAUAUGCCCGAUGACCUUGUUGAUUGCGAACCUUUGGAUUUGUUUUAAGUACCGAGCAUGAUAUGUACAAAUUUUGGCCAUUCAACAGGAGCAAAGCAAUCAUCCCUAAGAUUGAAUCUGAACUCAAACCUGUUUACUAUCUUUGACAGUGCAAAAGUGACAAAAAUCUGAAGUAAAUGAACAAGAACGUUGUAUCGAAACUUGCAUAAAACGUUCAACUCCAAUUGACUCAAAUUCUCUAUCUUCUUAAACUGAUCAACCUGAGAUGACUUUACUCAAACCUGAGGAAUAUCUAUUCAUGUGAUGAAUUUCAUUAAAAACUAAUUAUUAAGAGAAAAAAAAAAUGUUAAACAGCAACAUCAUUUGGAGAUGCCCAUUCUUUUUAUAUUAGUUCUACAGCUUCUGCUUCCACAUAUGCCUGGAUGGUAGUUUUUGGAGUUUUUCCCUUAAAAUAUUAAGAAAAUCUUACAUUUCAAAUAUAAACUCUUGAAUCUAUGGAGUAAUAUCCAAGGGAAAUUUUGUUUGUCGAUACAAAUUCUGAAAUUUAAUGGGGUAUUAGUAUUCAAUCGGCUGAAACUGCUACAGCCAUGAGUAAGCUAGGAUGGAAUGUUCUAUGGCUAAAAAACUUAGCACCUGCAACUCCUUUCUCUCUUUCCAGGCUACGGCCUCUUUUGUACCAAAAAACUAAUGUUUUUUGAAAUAAUAGCCAGUAGCCAUUGGUUAUAAGAUACUUUCUCAAUCUCUCCUCGAGAUUUCUUCAGAC